UGAGCUAUCCUUUUACCUGCUUUGAAAAAAAAUAAUAAUAAAAUCAUUUUAAGGGUUUGUUACAAAAUCAUCCAACUCCCACUUCCCGUAGCCUCUCUGUUGCCUAAUCGUUCAUCGUCUCCAUCUUCUUAAGGGCUAUUCAGGCAAGGAUUGGUGAUACAUGGCUGCUUUCAGGGCAUUCUUGAACAGUCCGGUUGGUCCGAAAACAACUCACUUUUGGGGACCUGUUGCCAAUUGGGGAUUCGUAGCUGCUCAAUGUGUGUCUACUCGGCAUUGUUCAUGAGAUUUGCGUGGAUGGUACAGCCCCGCAAUUAUCUACUUCUGGUAUGCCAUGUCUCGAAUGAGACCGUCCAACUUUAUCAACUCUCUCGAUGGGCAAAGGGUCAGGGGCUCUUGUCAGACAAGAAAGAGAAAGCUGCAUCUCAGUAACUGGCUGCCACCAUGUUUUUCAUACCUGUUCUCUUGCUUGUGGUUUGCGGUUUCUCAUUUGAAGCAAUUUGCAUUUGAUCUUUCUGACAGUGUAAAGCAUAAUUGAGCAGAUCACUAUUAAGUGAAUCUUUUGCAUAUUAUCUUUAUUUGUACUCUGAUGUUUUCAUAAUCAGAUGUGGAAACUGAUGCUUAACUUAAAAGUUUGAGCACCAAAUACAUAAUUGGUGAUGCUGAAUCAUCUUAUUCUGGUAAAUAAAGCAUUGUAUUCCAUUUCUCAAAGAGAAUAGUUGUAGGUUCUAUGAUCGAAAGCACAGUUAUGAUCCAAAAGUACUUGUGCGAUCUAUCACACGGUUAAGCAAUAAGCAUUUUAUCUAGCAAGUACAUUCUUGAUGGAUUUCCAAGGACUGUGGUCCAAGCACAAAAGGUGUCACACUGUUAUCUGAAUAUUUCUCAGUUCUGCCUCCUUGAUUUGUUCUGUUCAAAUGUGUUUGUAUUCUUGCAUUUCUAACCUUGCUUUUUUUUUUUUCUUCCUUCCUUAUGUAGCUUGAUGAAAUGCUGGAAAAGAAGGGAGUCAAAGUUGAUAAGGUGCUCAACUUUGCAAUUGAUGAUGCAAUCUUAGAGGAGAGAAUUACUGGUCGCUGGAUACACCCAUCCAGUGGUAGAACCUACCACACCAAAUUUGCACCUCCCAAAGUUCCAGGAUCUGAUGAUGUUACUGGAGAACCUUUGAUUCAGCGCAAGGAUGAUACUGCAGCAGUUCUCAAAUCAAGGCUGGAGGCAUUUCACAAGCAAACUGAACCAGUUAUUGAUUAUUAUUCCAAGAAGGGCAUUGUUGCCAAUCUUCAUGCAGAAAAAGCUCCCAAAGAGGUCACAACUGAGGUUCAGAAGGUGCUCACUUCGUGAAAGCAGCCUCCCUUUUACUUAUAAAUGGAUUGCUUUCUUAGAAAGCAUUGUAUUUUUUUCCCCAUUUUUCUGAUACAAGGUUGAAUUUUUCAACUGAUCUGAUUCACUUGACUUGAUUUUCCAAAUUGCACACGAUGGCUGCUGUCAACUUUUUGAGGUUUAAUCAAGUAACCCAUACAUAAUAUAAAUGCGUGGAACUGCACGCUGGUGAUAUACAUUUUUUGCGUUGUUGACAA